CUUCCGAAUCGGUGUGGAUGAGUCGGUGAUUGUCCGUGGUGGAAAAAUGUUUCUCCAAGGAAUUUUAAGCAACAAAAAGGUGCUGACCGCGUGUGCGAUUGCGGUGGUGAUUACGAUCUGUGCAAUCGUCGUACCGAUCGUGGUGGUUAAUUCUUAUGAUGAUGCACCAAAGAAAACUUUUGCUGGACGUGAUGUGCUAGAUGAAGUUCCGCUGAUUGAUGGCCACAACGAUCUACCGUUCAGCAUCUACCUGGUGGAGAGUAACGUGUUGAAGCGUUUCAAUUUGGAUUCCAAUCUAAAGGAGGACACCGUAUGGUCAACGGUAGAUCGUAGCCACACCGAUUUGCCUAGAUUGCGCCAGGGUAAGCUCGGAGCUCAGUUUUGGGUGGCUUACGUGCGUUGCGUCGACACACAGUACAAGGAUGCGGUCGCCAGAACGCUCGAGCAGAUCGAUGUCACCAAGCGGUUGAUCCGCAAGUAUCCAUCCGAUCUGAAGUACGUCGAUACGGCCGACGGUAUCAUGGAGGCGUACCGUGAGGGGAAGAUCGCUUCACUGAUUGCCGUCGAAGGUGGACACUCGAUCGAUUCCCGGCUCGCGGUGUUGCGGUUGUACUACGAGCUGGGUGUGCGAUACCUUACCCUUACCCAUUCCUGUAACACUCCGUGGGCUGAUGCGUCACCGGUGGACGAUCCUGACGCUACACCUCAACCAUCUCCGUCGCAACUGACCAACCUGUCCCCCUGGGGACGCAAUGUCGUGCUGGAGAUGAACCGGUUGGGCAUGAUGAUCGACAUUUCGCACGUUAGCUACGGUGUGAUGCGCGAUGUACUGCAGUACAGCCGAGCACCGGUCAUCUUUAGCCACUCGUCGGCACACGGUGUGUUUGGGCAUCACCGGAACGUACAGGACGACAUUCUGGUUUCGUUAGCUUCCAAGCGUGGCAUCGUGAUGGUCAACUUCUAUCCACUGUUUGUCGGCGGAAACACGAUCGAUGACGUUGUCAAACAUUUAAACCACAUCCGCUCGAUCACGGGAGUCGAUCACAUAGGUCUAGGUGGUGAUUACAACGGUGUUACCAGCACACCGGAAGGACUGGAGGACGUUUCCAAGUAUCCGGAUCUGUUCGAUCUGCUUGCCGAAGGUGCGCUACGAUCCGGCGAAACGUUCGAACCGUGGACGAGAGAGGAUUUGAAGAAGCUUGCUGGACUGAACCUAAUACGUGUGUUCCGGGAGGUGGAACAGAUACGCGACUCCCUCGUUGAGGUGGACCCUUACGAGGAUCUUAUACCGUUCGAAGAGUUUGAACACGCCAACGUGGCCGUCCAGCCUUGCAGAACUGACAUCGAUAUGUUAAAGAAAAACAAGACAUCGUGGCUGUUUCAAGGGCUGUUACUGUCGGCCUCGCUAACUUUGGCUGUAUCCAUUCCGCUAACGACCGACGAUGAAGCAGCAGCCAAGAGGAACGAGUUGUCCGGCCGCUCCGUACUCGAUGAAGUGCCGCUAAUUGAUGGCCACAACGAUCUGCCCUGGAAUCUGUACAACUUUGAGCGCAAUCGCAUCAACCAGUUCGAGCUGAACAGCGAUCUCAAGCAACAUCCCGUCUGGGGACCGUCUACCAGUAGCCAUACGGACAUCCCGCGACUUCAGGCGGGCAAAGUCGGAGCCCAGUUCUGGGUGGCUUACGUGAGUUGCGGCAAUCAGUACAGGGAUGCGGUCGAGCGAACACUGGAGCAGAUCGAUGUGAUCAAGCGGUUGGUGCGGAAGUAUCCGCAGUAUCUGAAGUACGUCACAUCGACCCAAGGUAUUAUGGAGGCGUUCCGGGAGGGGAAAGUUGGUUCACUGAUCGCCGUCGAGGGUGGCCAUUCGAUGGAUUCCCGGUUGGCGGUACUGCGUAUGUACUACGAACUGGGUGUACGGUACAUGACACUGACGCACUCUUGCAAUACACCUUGGGCGGACGCUUCGCCCAUCGAUGCGGAAGUGGAUGCGGAGAAGCGCAACGUUAGCAGCUGGGGCCGGAAUGUGAUCUGGGAGAUGAAUCGGUUGGGUAUGCUGAUCGAUCUGUCGCACGUGAGCUAUGGGGUGAUGGUGGACGCACUGGAGCAUACGAAGGCACCGGUCAUCUUCAGUCACUCGUCUUCGCAUGCGAUCUUCCAGCAUCAUCGGAAUGUGCAGGAUGAUGUGCUGAAGAUGUUGGUCCAGAACAAUGGCAUCAUUAUGGUUAACUUCUACACCGGGUUCAUCGGGGGCAGUUCCAUCGACAAUGUGAUUGCGCAUCUUAACUACAUCAAGAGCAUUACGGGUCCGAAUCACAUCGGACUCGGGAGUGACUUUGAUGGCGUAGACUCAGUUCCAGUGGGUUUGGAUGAUGUGUCCAAGUUUCCCGAUCUGUUCGAUAUGCUGGGCGAUGGAAGGUACCGGAAUGGAUCCACGUACGAACCCUGGACACACGAUGAGCUGCGGAAGUUGGCCGGAGAGAAUUUGCUGCGCGUGUUUGGGGAUGUUGAACGGGUGCGUGACAGUAUGGUCGAUGUUGAGCCGUACGAGGACCUCAUUCCUUAUCAGGAGUUCGUCGAGGCGGGUGUGGCGGAGCAGCCUUGCAUGAGUGAUAUCGAUAUUCACAAGCAGUGAGUCGUAAUGCUUCGGUUACGGUAUACCGAAGAGGGUAUUAAACAAAAAGCAAUGUUUUUGUGUAGAUAAAAGACAGUUCUGUUAGUUUUUGUACGGAAUUUGAUGUAA